AAAUCAGUAGAGUUGUGCCAUUCCACAACCAAUAAUCACCAUUAAUACACGUCCAGAACAGACCACAUGUGGCAGUCCAAAGUCUGAUGAUAGAGGCCCAGCUCUCACACUACACAACAGCUGAGGCUAUAUAAAUUCCUAACUAAACAGUAGCAGUGUAGUUUAACAUCUUGGCUUAAAUCUACUGUUUAAUUACAGUAAGAUAAAAAUAUGAAACUUCCCCAAAAUGUGUGAAGGGAAGUUUAUUGGUGACAUUAAAUACAAUCUCUUGAAUGCUCUUGAAUACUCAAAUAUAUCACCGGUAGAUUUCCCCACGUCUUGAGCACUCAUGCGAUUGACUGUGCAUGCAUUAUCAACAUCUCAUGCAUUAUGGUAACAAAGGAAAUGUGUAUUUAAAUGCAAAUUUGGUGUAUCAUUAAUUUAAAAUCUCAGUAUUAUUUUAUUUAUAAUUAUGUGCUAUUUAUGUUGGUAAUAUUUUUGUUUGGCAAAUAAAUAUUUUUAAAAUAUUAUCAGCAUGCGCAUGGAACAUUGGAUUGGUAAUUUCUUGUAAAAGUUAUACACACACAUUUACACAAAUGACAAACCACAUGAAGGCCCAUUGUACCUGACCCUUGUGCUUUGGAUAUAUUUAUAAUAAGACCUCUGUUCUGUGGGUAUUUAUAAUAAGACAUCCCUCAGUUCUGUGGAUAUUUAUAAUAAGACAUCCCUCAGUUCUAUGGAUAUUUAUAAUAAGACAUCCCUCAGUUCUGUGGGUAUUUAUAAUAAGGCAUCCCUCAGUUCUGUGGAUAUUUAUAAUAAGACAUCCCUCAGUUCUGUGGGGUAUUUAUAAUAAGACAUCCAUCAGUUCUGUAGUUAUACUUGUAAUAAGACAUCUCGGUACUGUGACUGUAUUUAUAAUAAGACAUCCCUCAGUGCUGUUCCCUAUACUAUAUAUAUAAUGAUACAUCCUUCAGUGCUGGAGCUAUAUUUGUAAUAAGAUAUAAUAUAUUUAUAUAUAACAUAAUAUAUUUAAUAAAAAAAAUUUGACAGACAUUUAGUUGAAUCUUUAAAAAAAAAAAACUUGCCAUUGGAUUUGUUUGGCAUGUUUACAAAGUUGUACACAGAUACUAAUUUUCCUGAUAGUGAAUGCAUGUAGAAAAGUACAUUUGGAUGUUUGCUUUUACACUUGCUGAUUUAAGGGAAAUAAUAUAGUGUAUAUUUUAUGUCUAGCAUAUUUUCUAAUACAAUAAGCACAGUAUUAUCUUACUAUUUAUGAAUAAUUCCAGUGGUUUACAUAUUGUAAAAUUUUUCCAUUCUCUUGUGUCUUUGACAAUUAAUUAAAUUGCUUUAUAUUCCUACAAAAGAAAAUUAGAUUUACACUUUAGAUUAGAUUUAUGAUUAAGGCAGUGUCUGGGAUGCUCCCGGACACAGGUUCAAAUCCUCAUCACGGCCCUUGUGGAUUUGUUCAGAGAAUUAGAUUAUUCCACUUGCUUAUUUGAUAUUGAGUACCAUCUGUUGACAACAGAGGUAACACUAUGACCUGGGUGCUCUAUUAUGGUUGCUCUUUACUGAUUGCCAUGUAGUAACUUGAAUUAUUUAAGCAUCUGACAGCCCAAGUAUUUUUGGCAUCUUUUAAGAAUAUUUGCUUUAAUAAUAAACAAAAGCUCAUACAUUUUAGGUCAUAUCACGAAUGUUACUAAAAUUUUUCUCCAAUAUAAGGAAUGCAAGAAUUUAUUUAGGAGAGAAAUACUAAUAAUAAUUGUCUUUAAGACUUAACUAAUGAAAUGGUGGAUAUUUCAUUAGAUAAUACUUAGAGUUUUGGGAUCAAAUAACUUUAAAGGUCUAUACAUUCAAGUAAACUGUACAAAUAUUUAUUCAAAAGCAAAACAUAAUCAGUGUUGAGGGUUGAAAAUUAUGUUGUGAAAAUAUCUUGCAUAAUUGCAUACAAAAACAUUUAUAGAGAAGUAAAUCAAUAUUAAGUAUUCACAGUCUAAACUACUUUAAAAAAUAUAAAAAAUUAAAUAUGAGCGCUCAUUCAGGAGAAAAGCCAUGUCACUGUAGAGUAUGUCUAAAAGACUUUAAAUAUAAAUCAUUGCUAAGAAGGCAUAUGAGAAAUCAUACAGGAGAGAAACCAUAUCACUGUUCAAAAUGUCUAAAAGACUUUACAACAAAAUCAAAUCUAAUUUCACACAUGUGGAUUCAUACAGAAGCGAAACCAUAUCACUGUUCACAGUGUCAAAAAGGCUUUUCACAUAAAUCAAAUAUAAUACCACACAUGAGGAUUCAUGCAGGAGAGAAACCAUAUCACUGUUCAGAAUAUCUAAAAGUCUUCUCUGAAAAAGCAAGAUUAAUAAAACACAUGAGGAUUCAUACAGGAGAGAAACCAUAUCACUGUUCAGAAUGUCAAAAAAACUUUUCACAAAAAUCAAGUCUAAUAAGACACAGGAGGAUUCAUACAGGAAAGAAACCAUAUCACUGUUCAGAAUGUCAAAAAAACUUUAUACAAAAGUCAAAUCUAAUAAGACACACAAGGAUUCAUACGGGAGAGAAACCAUAUCACUGUUCAGAGUGCCAAAAAUCCUUUUCACAAAAAUCAAGUCUUAUAACACACAUGAGGAUUCAUACAGGAGAGAAACCAUAUCAAUGUUAUGUGUGUCAAAAAGGCUUUACAGUAAAAUCAAAUCUAAUAACACACAUGAGAAUUCAUACAGGAGAGAAACCAUAUCACUGUUCAGAAUGUCUAAAAAUCUUUUCUGAAAAGGCAAGAUUAAUAACACACAUGAGGAUUCAUACAGGAGAGAAACCAUAUCACUGUUCAGAGUGUCAAAAAGACUUUAGAGAAAAAUCAAAUCUAGUAAAACACAUGAGGAUUCAUACAGAAGAGAACCCAUAUCACUGUAAAGAGUGUCAAAAAUCCUUUUCACAAAAAUCAAGUCUUAUAACACACAUGAGGAUUCAUACAGGAGAGAAACCAUAUCACUGUUCAGAGUGCCAAAAAUCCUUUUCACAAAAAUCAAGUCUUAUAACACACAUGAGGAUUCAUACAGGAGAGAAACCAUAUCACUGUUCAGUGUGUCAAAAAGACUUCUCUGAAAAAGCAAGAUUAAUAAAACACAUGAGGAUUCAUACAGGAAAGAAUUUAUAUCACUGUUCAGAGUGUCAAAAAUACUUUCCUGAAAAAUAUAGAUUAAUAAUACACAUGAGGAUUCAUACAGGAGAGAAACCAUAUCACUGUUCAGAGUGUCAAAAAUCCUUUUCACAAAAAUCAUAUAUAAUAAAACACAUGAAGAUUCAUACAGGAGAGAAACCAUAUCACUGUUCAGAGUGUGAAAAAGACUUUAGAGAAAAAUCAAAUCUAGUAAAACACAUGAUGAUUCACACAGGAGAGAAACCAUAUCACUGUUCAGUGUGUGAAAGAGACUUUUCACGAAAAUCAAGUCUAAUAACACACAUGAGGAUUCAUACAGGAGAGAAACCAUAUCACUGUUCAGAAUGUCAAAAAAACUUUAUACAAAAGUCAAGUCUAAUAAUACACAUGAGGUUUCAUUCAGGAGAGAAACCAUAUCACUGUUCAGAAUGUCAAAAAAACUUUAUACAAAAGUCAAGUCUAAUAAGACACAUGAGGAUUCAUUCAGGAGAGAAACCAUAUCACUGUUCAGAGUGACAAAAAAGACUUUACAAAUAUCCAAUUUAUUAAAGCGCAUUAGGAUUCAUAUAGCGUAAAUGCCAUUUGAAUGUCUAAAAUGCUUUUCAUGUAAAUCAAAUACAAUAAUACAUGAAACAUGAUAGAUUAACCCUUAACCCU